AUGAGCCCCCUACCUGAGGAAUUCGAUAUUAUCGUGUGCGGCGGUGGGAGUUGUGGAUGUGUAGUUGCCGGUCGUCUGGCGAAUCUAGACCAUAACCUCAAGGUUCUUCUAAUCGAGGCUGGCGAGAAUAACCUCAACAACCCAUGGAUUUUCAGGCCUGGGGUUUACCCCCGUAACAUGAAGUUGGACUCGAAGACAGCAUCCUUUUACGAGUCCCGUCCAUCUAAAUGGCUCUCCGGCAGGAAAGCUGUGGUUCCGUGUGCGCACAUAUUGGGAGGUGGCUCUAGUAUCAACUUCUUAAUGUACACUCGCGCUUCAGCUAGCGACUACGACGACUUCCAGGCUAAGGGGUGGACGACUAAAGAGCUACUUCCGCUCAUGAAGAAGCAUGAGACCUAUCAACGAGCUUGUCAUAACAAGGACCUUCAUGGAUUCGAAGGGCCGAUCAAGGUUUCAUUCGGAAACUACACGUACCCUGUAAAGGAGGACUUCCUCAGGGCAGCGGAAUCCCAAGGUAUCCCGGUCGUCGAUGACUUACAAGAUUUGAGUACCGGCCACGGUGCUGAACACUGGCUGAAGUGGAUUAAUCGCGACACUGGCCGACGGAGCGACAGCGCCCACGCAUACGUCCACUCGACCCGUGCCGUUUAUGACAACCUUUACCUGGCCUGCAAUACCAAGGUCGAUAAGAUUAUCAUCGAGAACGGGAGGGCUGUAGCUGUCCAGACAGUACCAACGAAGCCGCUUCACCCAAGUCAAUUAAAGACUCGCAUCUUUAAAGCUCGGAAGCAAAUCGUCGUCUCCGGAGGCACACUUUCUUCUCCGCUAAUUCUUCAACGAUCGGGAAUUGGCGAUCCCGAGAAGUUAAAGAAAGCCGGUGUGGAACCUAUCGUCGAUCUUCCCGGCGUGGGCCUCAACUUCCAAGACCAUUAUCUCACCUUUUCCGUAUACCGCGCGAAACCCGAGACUGAGAGCUUUGACGAUUUCGUUCGGGGUGUGCCCGAAGUGCAGAAGGCCGUAUAUGAUGAAUGGGCAGCGAAGGGAACCGGACCACUUUCUACCAACGGUAUCGAAGCCGGCGUAAAGAUUCGCCCAACCGAAGAGGAACUUAAGGAGUUCGAGUCGUGGCCGACACCACAAUUCAACGAGGGAUGGAAAUCAUACUUCAAGAACAAGCCGGACAAGCCUGUGAUGCACUAUUCCGUUAUCGCGGGUUGGUUCGGAGACCAUAUGCUGCUUCCCGCCGGUAAAUUCUUUAGCAUGUUCCACUUCCUCGAGUACCCGUUCUCUCGAGGGUUCACGCAUAUCAAAUCCGCCGAUCCCUACGAGACGCCAGACUUCGACCCGGGGUUCAUGAACGACGAACGCGACAUGGCGCCGAUGGUAUGGGGCUACAUCAAGAGCAGAGAGACGGCGCGACGCAUGGAAGCGUAUGCGGGGGAAGUCCAGGCGAUGCACCCGUUCUUCGACUACGACUCCCCAGCAAAGGCAAACGACAUGGAUCUCGAGACGACUCGGCGCUACGCUCUGCCCGGGAACCUAAGCGCCGGUUUGCAGCAUGGCAGCUGGAGUACAUAUAACCCCGAGCCAUCGAGGAGGCCGGAAGCCAACAUCCUCAACAGCAAUAAGGCGGAUAUCCGAGACGAGCUCAAGUACAGUAAGAAAGACAUCGAGGCGAUUGAGGAAUGGGUUAGAAGACACGUAGAAAGCACAUGGCAUUGCUUAGGUACUUGCUCCAUGGCCCCAAAGGAAGGCAACAGCAUCGUCAAGCACGGGGUCCUAGACGAACGCCUAAACGUCCACGGCGUCCAGGGACUGAAGGUGGCGGAUCUCAGCAUCUGCCCCGACAACGUCGGCUGUAACACAUACUCUACCGCUCUUCUCAUAGGCGAGAAAGCGGCAACGCUGAUCGCUGAAGACCUCGGGUAUUCCGGCGACGCCCUCGAUAUGAAGAUCCCGACGUACAAUGCGCCAGGAGAAUUGGUACUUCCGUACCGCGUAUGA